GUCCGCGCCUCCAUCUCACUCUUCGACACAAUCUAGAUCAUCCUCUAGACACCCCUCCCCCCCCCCUCUCCCGCCAUGUCCGCCGCCCGCCUCCUCUCCCGGGCCGUCCGCCCCGCGGUCCAGCUCCGCCAGCCGACGCUUGCCCGCGCCCUCGCGACGCCCGUCAAGACCGCCGACCCCGUCACCAAGACGUCGGUGCUCUCGAAUGGUCUCUCGAUCUCGACCGAGACCAUUCCCGGCGCCUCGACCUCGACUGUUGGUCUUUGGAUCGACGCCGGCUCGCGCGCCGACGCCGGCAACGCCAGCGGCACCGCCCACUUCCUCGAGCACCUUGCCUUCAAGGGCACCAAGUCGCGCUCGCAGAUGCAGCUCGAGCUCGAGGUCGAGAACCUUGGCGCUCACCUGAACGCCUACACCUCGCGCGAGCAGACCGUCUACUACGCCAAGGCGUUUGACAAGGACGUCCCCGCCGCCGUCAACAUUCUUUCCGACAUUCUCCAGAACUCGAAGCUCGACGAGUCGGCCAUUGAGCGCGAGCGCGACGUCAUCCUCCGCGAGCAGGAGGAGGUUGACAAGCAGCUCGAGGAGGUCGUCUUUGACCACCUCCACGCCGUUGCCUUCCAGGGCCAGGCCCUCGGCAACACCAUCCUUGGCCCCAAGGACCACAUCAACUCGAUCAACAAGGGUGACCUCACCUCGUACAUCCAGAAGAACUACACCGCCGACCGCAUUGUCCUCGUCGGUGCCGGUUCGAUCGAGCACGACGCCCUCGUCAAGCUCGCCGAGGAGAACUUUGCCAACCUCCCCGUCUCGGCCAACCCCAUCCCCCUCGGCCAGUCGAGCCACGAGCCCACCAAGUUCACCGGUUCCGAGGUCCGCAUCCGUGACGACACCAUGAACACUGUCAACAUUGCCAUUGCCGUCGAGGGUGUCGGAUGGAAGUCGCCCGACUACUGGCCCAUGCUCGUUCUCCAGUCCAUCUUUGGCAACUGGGACCGCUCGCUCGGUGCCUCGUCGCUCCUCAGCUCGCGCCUCAGCCACAUCAUCUCCUCCAACAACCUCGCCAACUCGUUCAUGUCCUUCUCCACCUCGUACUCGGACACUGGUCUCUGGGGUAUCUACCUCGUCUCGGAGAACCUCAUGAACCUUGACGACCUCAUCCACUUCACCUUCAAGGAGUGGACCCGCAUGUCCAUCGGCCCCCAGACCGCCGAGGUUGAGCGCGCCAAGCAGCAGCUCAAGGCCUCGCUCCUCCUUGGCCUCGACGGCUCGACCGCCAUCGCCGAGGACAUUGGCCGUCAGAUCAUCACCACCGGCAAGCGCUACACCCCCAAGGAGAUUGAGCGCUACGUCAACGCCGUUACCGAGGAGGACAUUAAGCGUGUCGCCCAGAAGUACCUCUGGGACCAGGACUUCGCUCUUGCCGCCGUCGGCCGUGUCGAGGGCAUCCUUGACUACUCUAGGCUCAGGGCCGAUUUGAGUUCUCUCACUUUUUAAGCACGCCUCUGGGAACUUAGAAAGGCAGCUGGAUGCACCGUAAAAUCGAUGUAGAGAUCGAGAAGGAGAGGAGACUCUGUCGGUUGGAUUGUGGUGCCACAGUGCCACUUGUGGCGUCAUUUUCAAUUUGCUUCCGCUAAUCCUCGACCCUGACCUCUAUUACCCUGAC